GCACAAGUUUGUGAGUCAAUGCUGAUGAUGUAGGAAUUUUCAGUAUCAAGCUGGCCGGGAUUAUGUUGAGACCUGGCUUCUAAGUCAGGAAAAGUUCACAUGGCAUUGGUACCGGUACCCAUUUAAUUCACUUGUUUUUGAAGAACAGUUUGUCAAAUCUUAGCUCUAAGAAAAAUAUGAAUGACUCAACUGGCCCACAUUCUGUGACCUUGUGACCAUAAGUGACCCUGAAGGAUGCUGUGUUCUUAAUACCCUGUCCAGACAUGGGGAAAUAACUCAUUACAACAUAAGCCCAGCUCCCCUGCCUUGCUGGCACUGGUACCAUUUGCUGAUUACGUACUAUUACUCAGAGUCUCCAAGAUUUCACCACAGACAGACAGAUUUCUGAUGAGUUCCAUCAGAACAUGUACAGUCACUUGCCAAUCGGCCGCUCAACCAUCUUUGGGCAACAGAGAGAAGUGAAAGGUUAAUCAGGAGAGCUGAGAAGAACCUCUGACAACAAACAUUCUGCAAAACAAUUUUGGCCUUCAAGAAGGAGGAAUGGAUGUGUAAGAUUCUUGACGUUCGUCUCAUGCCACAUCUGCAUAGUUGACUCAUUCCAAAAUUCUUCUUUGGAAAACGCUUCUGAAGAUUGUCUCUGGAUAAGCAAGGUUCAACAUCUUUACUUAUUAAGGCGGUUGAUUUACUAGGAGCAAUGAGUGAUGAUGAUUACUCGUCGAGUGACGCACUUCUAACGGCAGAGUUCCAAGAUGACUGGGAGAGAUCCAAGGAGCCGGUCUUGGAAGGCAUCACCUUCUACGCCAAAUACCUGGGUAUGUGCCUGGUCAGUAUGUCCAAUGAUGAAACCCAUACAGCUGAGGCCGUCAAAAGAAUCAUACACAAUGCGAAAUACCAAAGCAAACUGUUGUUCAAAAAGGUUUCCCUGACGGUAACUCCGAAGGCUAUCAUACAGACAAACCUUGAAAGGCUCGAGGAUGUACAAGAGAUUUCAAUACACAGAAUAUCCUACUGCGCAGCUGACAAAACAAGCGAUAAUAAAGUCUUCGCCUACAUCGCCAAUAACAGCAUCACUGAAGCAUUGGAAUGCCACGCCUACCUCUGCUCCAAGAGGAAAAUUGCAGAGGCGUUAACUCUCACCGUAGCUCAAGCUUUCAACAUCGCUUUUGAAUUGUGGGAACAAGACAAAGAUGAGCAAGACAACGGAUCAGACGACAGCAAGGAUGCACCCCCAACAUCACCACUUCAAAAAUCUGCCCCUCAGAGUAUACCGGGCGGUAAAUCUACCUCCAGCAGCAAUGGAAGAGACGAAGCUUGCUGGUCAUCAGGCACAUCGCCUGCACUACCACCCUCCCUGGAUCCUCCACCUUCAAGUACAAGGAGGGUAUUGACAGUGCAAGCUGAAAUGGAUCCGAUAUCAGCGUCAGCCCCCUGCACGGUCCCAGUUGUUCCCCCUCGACGACCCACGGGCAAGCCCCGUUUCUCCCCCUGUAUGGUGAACGGUUAUGGACAACAUGACAGCGGCGUGGAUUCCUCAGUGGAUUCAAAGGACUCGGAUGCCACCGCAAAGCUACUUGAGAAUUGGCAUAUCGGAGGUGAUAUUGACCUGGAUGAAAGCUUUUCAAAAUUGGCAGAGAGUCGGUCCAAUCCUCAGCUACUGGACAUAAAUGUUAGGAGGACGCAGUUUGAUGCUGACAUCAUCGUUCAUUUCCAGGGCAACAAGACGGAGCGCGAUCAACUCCUUGAAUCCAGGUCCAGUGAUAACUUUCAAUUAGAUUACCCGUCACCUUGAAAUUUGUUGCGAGAAAGCAUACAAAAGAAAUCAGUAAAAUCACGCGGAGCUGUAGUCUAGUCCAUCACAAGUCAAAUCAAAAUCAAUCACAGGUCGAAUCACAAGUCAAAUCACAAGUCAAUCACAAGCCAAAUCACAAGUCAAUCACAAGUCAAAUCACAAGU